GCGGCGGGCAGUUUUCCAUUUAUUUCCCUCACAUUUUUUUAAGAUACCGAAUGUUUCCUUUGAUAUUUUUCUUUUCUUUUCCCCCAAACUCACCCCACACAGCUCAGGCGCUGCCUAAAUCUCUCUCUCCAAAAGGCGUUCCAACUUCCAAGUUACCCGCUGCUCACAUUGACGCUGCAACAGUCAAUUCUCCUCUCUGACUCUUCUCAAAAUAUCAAUGUCGGCGGUUCUGUUUCCCUCUUCUCAGGUUUUAUAAUUUGAGCUGAAUUUUUGGGUGAUGGAAGAGCCAGGGCAGCUGAAACGGGCUCUGAUAGAUGCAUCCGCAGGGGCAAUCUCUGGUGGUAUAUCUCGGACUGUAACAUCGCCCCUUGAUGUUAUUAAGAUCAGAUUCCAGGUUCAACUGGAACCAACUACUUCAUGGGCUUUGCUACACAAGGAUGUGUACGGAGCAUCAAAAUAUACUGGAAUGAUACAGGCAACUAAGGACAUCUUUAGAGAGGAAGGUUUACGGGGUUUUUGGCGUGGUAAUGUCCCAGCACUACUCAUGGUUAUGCCAUAUACUGCCAUACAAUUCACGGUGCUGCACAAAUUGAAGACGUUUGCAUCUGGUUCUUCCAAGGCAGAGGAUCACAUUCAUUUGAGCCCUUACCUUUCUUAUAUCAGUGGGGCAUUAGCAGGAUGUGCAGCUACAGUUGGAUCAUAUCCAUUUGACCUCCUACGAACUAUUUUAGCUUCACAGGGUGAGCCAAAGGUGUAUCCAAACAUGAGAUCUGCAUUCCUUCAUAUCAUCAGAACUCGUGGUUUCCAAGGGUUGUAUUAUGGGUUAUCACCAACAUUGGUUGAGAUUAUUCCUUAUGCCGGCCUGCAGUUUGGAACUUAUGAUACAUUCAAGCGUUGGACCAUGGCCUGGAACCAGUUUAGAUCUUCUAAUAUAAACGUAGCUGACAAUACCCUUUCAAGCUUCCAGCUUUUUCUCUGCGGGUUAGCCGCUGGCACAUGUGCUAAAGCUGUUUGUCACCCACUUGAUGUGGUCAAGAAGAGGUUUCAGGUUGAAGGGCUACAGAGGGACCCAAAGUAUGGAGCUCGAGUUGAGUAUCAUGCUUACAGAAAUAUGUAUGAUGCACUCCGCCGAAUUUUACAAAAGGAAGGUUGGGCUGGCCUCUAUAAGGGCAUUGUCCCAUCAAUUGUGAAAGCGGCACCAGCAGGCGCUGUAACAUUUGUUGCUUAUGAAUUCACAUCGGACUGGUUAGAGACCCUAUUGACUCGAAGCUGACCUGCUCCUUAACCCAUUUUUGGUUUGUUCCUUGAAAGACCCUGUAUAAGUAGAAAACAACGAGGCCGAUUUAUAUUGUUUAAUUUAGUCAUUUUUUGUAGGCCAUAGAUUUGUAUCAUUGACACAAAAUUUGGAGGUGGAAAUUAAGGCUUAUAAGAGAGUAGCUAUUGCACUCAAACUUUGUGAA